GGGAAGAAAGGUGCUGGGUUGGCAUUGGGUAGAAUGGUGAAGGAAUUAAAUCUCACUCAAGCAGCCUAGUAAUUAAAUUUUCUCCUUAUCUAUUUCAGGGUUUCGAAAAAACGAUGAAAUGAAGGCUAUGGAUGUUUUGCCAAUUUUAAAAGAAAAAGUCGCGUACCUUUCAGGUGGUAGAGAUAAACGUGGCGGCCCCAUUUUAACGUUUCCGGCCCGCAGCAAUCAUGACAGAAUACGACAGGAGGACCUCCGGAGACUCAUCUCCUACCUAGCCUGUAUCCCUAGUGAAGAAGUCUGCAAGCGAGGGUUCACGGUGAUUGUGGACAUGCGUGGGUCCAAGUGGGACUCCAUCAAGCCCCUGCUGAAGAUCCUGCAGGAAUCCUUCCCCUGCUGCAUCCACGUUGCACUGAUAAUCAAGCCAGACAACUUCUGGCAGAAACAGAGGACUAAUUUUGGCAGUUCUAAAUUUGAAUUUGAGACAAAUAUGGUCUCUUUAGAAGGCCUUACCAAAGUAGUUGAUCCUUCUCAGCUCACUCCCGAGUUUGACGGCUGCCUGGAAUACAACCAUGAAGAAUGGAUUGAGAUCAGAGUUGCUUUUGAAGACUACAUCAGCAAUGCCACCCACAUGCUAUCCCGGCUGGAGGAACUGCAGGACAUCCUGGCUAAGAAGGAGUUGCCUCAGGAUCUAGAGGGGGCCCGCAAUAUGAUUGAGGAACAUUCCCAGCUGAAAAAGAAGGUGAUUAAGGCCCCCAUUGAGGACUUGGAUUUAGAGGGACAGAAACUGCUUCAGAGGAUUCAGAGCAGCGAUAGCUUUCCCAAAAAGAACUCGGGGUCUGGCAACGCGGACCUGCAGAACCUCUUACCCAAGGUGUCCACCAUGUUGGACAGGCUGCACUCGACCCGGCAACAUCUGCAUCAGAUGUGGCAUGUGAGGAAGCUGAAACUGGACCAGUGCUUCCAGCUGAGGCUGUUUGAACAGGAUGCCGAGAAGAUGUUUGACUGGAUCACACACAACAAAGGCCUGUUUCUGAACAGCUACACUGAGAUUGGGACCAGCCAUCCUCAUGCGAUGGAGCUGCAGACACAGCACAAUCACUUUGCUAUGAACUGUAUGAACGUGUAUGUAAACAUAAACCGCAUCAUGUCGGUGGCGAAUCGCUUGGUGGAGUCCGGCCACUAUGCCUCUCAGCAGAUCAAGCAGAUUGCGAACCAGCUGGAGCAGGAGUGGAAGGCGUUCGCGGCAGCCCUGGAUGAGCGGAGCACCUUGCUGGACAUGUCCUCCAUCUUCCACCAGAAGGCUGAGAAGUACAUGAGCAACGUGGAUUCCUGGUGCAAAGCCUGCGGUGAGGUUGAGCUUCCCUCAGAGUUACAGGACCUGGAAGAUGCCAUUCAUCACCACCAGGGGAUAUAUGAGCACAUCACUCUUGCUUAUUCAGAGGUGAGCCAAGAUGGGAAGUCCCUCCUUGACAAGCUUCAGCGACCCUUGACACCCGGCAGCUCCGACUCCUUGACGGCCUCUGCCAACUACUCCAAGGCCGUGCAUCAUGUUCUCGAUGUCAUCCACGAGGUGCUACACCACCAGCGGCAGCUGGAAAACAUCUGGCAGCACCGUAAGGUCCGGCUCCACCAGCGGCUGCAGCUGUGUGUCUUCCAGCAGGAUGUUCAGCAGGUCAGUUUGACAAGCUGCUUUUCUUCCUGGGAAUUACUUGUACUUAACAGAGAGUUGAAUGAGUGUAUCAUCAUUGGGCCCAGAAUCUCUAUGGAGAUAAUAGUCUUAGUUCAAGAUUUAGAAGGAACAUUGUACAACUCCAUGCCAGUUACUCUGUGUGGCAAAUAUCUGAGAGCCCCACAUGAGUCAGGUGGCAGCAGCAACUGCCGACAGAUCACGGCUUUAGGAAAUGAUACCACAGAUUGUCUGUGUUGCUGCUUACUGUCACGCCCAGCCUGGCUGCCUUGUACUUUACUCACCUUCUCUUUCUCUGGAUGUUCUCUUGUACAGAACACAUACACCAAUGCAGAUAAGUUGCUAGAAGCGGCAGAGCAGCUGGCUCAGACUGGGGAGUGUGACCCGGAAGAGAUUUAUCAGGCUGCCCAUCAGCUUGAAGACCGGAUACAAGAUUUCGUCCGGCGUGUGGAGCAGAGGAAGAUCUUACUGGACAUGUCGGUGUCCUUCCACACCCACGUAAAGGAGCUGUGGACCUGGCUGGAGGAGCUGCAGAAGGAGCUGCUGGACGACGUGUACGCCGAGUCGGUGGAGGCGGUGCAGGACCUCAUCAAGCGUUUCGGCCAGCAGCAGCAGACCACCCUGCAAGUGACGGUCAACGUCAUCAAGGAAGGCGAGGACCUCAUCCAGCAGCUGAGGGACUCAGCCAUCUCCAGCAACAAGACCCCCCACAACAGCUCCAUCAACCACAUCGAGACGGUGCUGCAGCAGCUGGACGAGGCACAGUCGCAGAUGGAGGAGCUGUUCCAGGAGCGCAAGAUCAAGCUGGAGCUCUUCCUGCAGCUGCGCAUCUUCGAGAGGGAUGCCAUCGACAUCAUUUCAGACCUUGAGUCUUGGAAUGAUGAGCUUUCCCAGCAAAUGAACGACUUUGACACGGAAGACCUCACGAUAGCCGAGCAGCGCCUCCAGCACCACGCGGACAAAGCCCUGACCAUGAAUAACCUGACCUUUGAUGUCAUCCACCAAGGGCAGGACCUUCUGCAGUAUGUCAACGAAGUGCAGGCCUCGGGUGUGGAGCUGCUUUGCGAUAGAGACGUAGAUAUGGCAACUCGGGUACAGGACUUGCUGGAGUUUCUUCAUGAAAAGCAGCAGGAACUGGAUUUAGCAGCAGAACAGCAUCGGAAGCACCUGGAGCAGUGUGUACAACUCCGCCAUCUGCAGGCUGAAGUGAAACAGGUGCUGGGUUGGAUCCGCAAUGGAGAGUCCAUGUUGAAUGCCGGCCUUAUCACAGCCAGCUCAUUGCAGGAGGCAGAGCAGCUGCAGAGGGAGCAUGAGCAGUUCCAGCAUGCCAUCGAGAAAACACAUCAAAGCGCCCUGCAGGUGCAGCAGAAGGCCGAGGCGAUGCUACAGGCCAAUCACUACGACAUGGACAUGAUCAGGGACUGCGCCGAAAAGGUAGCCUCCCACUGGCAGCAGCUCAUGCUCAAGAUGGAAGACCGCCUCAAGCUUGUGAACGCGUCGGUUGCCUUCUACAAAACCUCAGAGCAGGUCUGCAGUGUCCUCGAGAGCCUGGAGCAGGAGUACAAGAGGGAAGAAGACUGGUGUGGAGGAGCCGACAAGCUAGGUCCCAAUUCUGAGACGGACCACGUCACACCAAUGAUCAGCAAACACCUGGAACAGAAGGAAGCAUUCCUGAAGGCUUGCACACUUGCUAGAAGGAAUGCAGAUGUCUUCCUGAAAUACCUGCACAGGAAUAGUGUGAACAUGCCAGGAAUGGUGACGCAUAUCAAAGCUCCUGAGCAGCAAGUAAAAAAUAUCUUGAAUGAACUCUUCCAGCGGGAGAACAGGGUAUUGCACUACUGGACCAUGAGAAAGAGGAGGCUGGACCAGUGCCAGCAGUACGUGGUCUUCGAAAGAAGUGCCAAGCAGGCGUUAGAAUGGAUCCAUGAUAACGGGGAGUUCUACCUUUCCACGCACACCUCUACAGGUUCAAGUAUACAGCACACCCAGGAGCUCUUGAAAGAGCACGAGGAGUUCCAGAUAACCGCAAAGCAAACCAAAGAGCGAGUGAAGCUGUUGAUACAGCUGGCCGAUGGCUUUUGUGAAAAGGGGCAUGCCCAUGCGGCAGAGAUAAAAAAAUGUGUCACCGCUGUGGACAAGAGGUACAGAGACUUCUCUCUUCGGAUGGAGAAGUACAGGACCUCUUUGGAGAAAGCCCUGGGGAUCUCUUCAGAUUCCAACAAAUCGAGUAAAAGUCUUCAGCUGGAUAUCAUCCCCGCCAGCACCCCCGGGUCAGAGGUGAAGCUCCGGGAUGCAGCUCACGAGCUGAACGAGGAGAAGCGGAAGUCGGCCCGCAGGAAAGAGUUCAUAAUGGCUGAGCUAAUUCAGACUGAAAAGGCUUAUGUACGAGAUCUUCGGGAGUGUAUGGAUACCUACCUGUGGGAAAUGACAAGUGGCGUGGAGGAGAUCCCACCCGGCAUCGUCAACAAAGAGCUCAUCAUCUUCGGCAACAUGCAGGAGAUCUACGAGUUCCAUAACAACAUUUUCCUAAAGGAGCUGGAAAAAUACGAGCAGUUGCCAGAGGACGUCGGCCAUUGCUUUGUUACUUGGGCAGACAAGUUUCAGAUGUAUGUCACUUAUUGCAAAAAUAAGCCUGACUCCACUCAGCUGAUAUUAGAGCACGCGGGAUCCUAUUUUGAUGAGAUACAGCAGCGGCAUGGAUUAGCCAAUUCUAUCUCUUCUUACCUUAUCAAACCAGUUCAGCGAAUUACCAAGUAUCAGCUCCUUUUAAAAGAGCUGCUUACCUGCUGUGAAGAAGGGAAAGGGGAGAUUAAAGAUGGCCUCGAGGUGAUGCUCAGUGUGCCAAAGCGAGCCAAUGACGCCAUGCACCUCAGCAUGCUGGAAGGGUUUGAUGAGAAUAUUGAGUCUCAAGGAGAGCUCAUCCUGCAGGAAUCCUUCCAAGUGUGGGACCCCAAAACCUUAAUUCGGAAGGGUCGAGAACGGCAUCUCUUCCUCUUUGAAAUGUCCUUAGUGUUCAGUAAAGAAGUGAAAGAUUCCAGCGGGAGAAGCAAAUACCUUUAUAAAAGCAAAUUGUUUACCUCAGAAUUGGGUGUCACAGAGCACGUUGAAGGAGAUCCUUGCAAAUUUGCACUGUGGGUGGGGAGAACGCCAACUUCAGAUAAUAAAAUUGUCCUUAAGAGGGAUGGAGAGGACCUGGACAGCCAAGGUGAUGGCAGCAGCCAGCCUGACACCAUUUCCAUUGCCUCCCGGACGUCUCAGAAUACAUUGGACAGUGACAAGCUCUCUGGCGGCUGCGAGCUGACGGUGGUCAUCCACGACUUCACGGCCUGCAACAGCAACGAGCUGACCAUCCGCCGCGGACAGACAGUGGAGGUUCUGGAGCGGCCCCACGACAAGCCCGACUGGUGCCUGGUGCGGACCACGGACCGGUCCCCAGCGGCGGAAGGCCUGGUUCCCUGCGGCUCCCUGUGCAUCGCUCACUCGCGGAGCAGCAUGGAGAUGGAAGGCAUCUUCAACCACAAAGACUCGCUCUCCGUCUCCAGUAACGAUGCCAGUCCACCUGCAUCCGUAGCGUCUCUUCAGCCCCAUAUGAUUGGGGCCCAAAGCUCACCCGGCCCCAAGCGUCCAGGGAACACCCUGAGGAAGUGGCUGACAAGCCCCGUGCGGCGCCUCAGCAGUGGCAAGGCUGACGGGCACGUGAAGAAGCUGGCCCACAAACACAAGAAGAGCAGGGAGGUCCGCAAGAGUGUCGAUGCGGGCUCUCAGAAAGACUCAGACGACAGCGCGGCCACGCCCCAGGACGAGACCAUUGAAGAGAGGGGCCGGAACGAGGGCCUCAGCAGCGGCACCCUCUCCAAGUCCUCCUCCUCCGGGAUGCAGAGCUGUGGAGAAGAGGAAGGGGAGGAGGGGGCCGAUGCCGUGCCUCUGCCCCCACCCAUGGCCAUUCAGCAGCACAGCCUCCUCCAGCCGGACUCGCAGGAUGACAAGGCCUCUUCUCGGUUGUUAGUCCGCCCCACCAGCUCCGAAACGCCGAGUGCCGCCGAGCUUGUCAGUGCAAUCGAGGAACUCGUGAAAAGCAAGAUGGCGCUGGAGGACCGUCCCAGCUCGCUGCUCGUCGACCAGGGAGACAGUAGCAGCCCCUCCUUCAACCCCUCCGACAACUCCCUUCUCUCCUCCUCCUCGCCCAUUGAUGAGAUGGAAGAGAGGAAAUCCAGCUCUCUAAAGAGACGGCACUAUGUUUUGCAAGAAUUAGUGGAGACAGAGCGUGACUAUGUACGGGACCUUGGCUACGUGGUUGAGGGCUACAUGGCACUUAUGAAAGAAGAUGGUGUUCCCGAUGACAUGAAAGGAAAAGACAAGAUUGUGUUUGGCAACAUCCAUCAGAUUUACGACUGGCACAGAGACUUUUUUUUAGGAGAGUUGGAGAAGUGCCUUGAAGAUCCGGAAAAACUAGGGUCCCUUUUUGUUAAGCACGAGAGAAGGUUGCACAUGUACAUAGUUUAUUGUCAAAAUAAACCAAAGUCUGAGCACAUCGUCUCAGAAUACAUUGAUACCUUCUUUGAGGACUUAAAGCAGCGCCUUGGCCACAGGUUGCAGCUCACAGAUUUGUUAAUAAAACCAGUGCAGAGAAUUAUGAAGUAUCAGCUGUUACUGAAGGACUUCCUCAAGUAUUCCAAAAAAGCUAGCCUGGACACAUCAGAACUAGAGAGAGCCGUAGAAGUCAUGUGCAUCGUCCCCAAGCGGUGCAACGACAUGAUGAAUGUGGGGCGUCUGCAAGGAUUUGAUGGUAAAAUUGUUGCCCAGGGUAAACUGCUCUUGCAGGACACGUUCUUGGUCACAGACCAGGACACAGGACUCCUGCCUCGCUGCAAGGAGAGACGGGUGUUCCUCUUCGAGCAGAUCGUCAUCUUCAGCGAACCGCUCGAUAAAAAAAAAGGCUUCUCCAUGCCAGGGUUCCUGUUUAAGAACAGUAUCAAGGUGAGUUGCCUUUGCCUGGAGGAAAAUGUGGAAAAUGAUCCCUGUAAGUUUGCACUGACAUCGAGGACGGGUGACGUGGUGGAGACCUUUAUUUUGCAUUCAUCCAGUCCAAGUGUCCGGCAAACAUGGAUCCAUGAAAUCAACCAAAUUUUAGAAAACCAGCGCAAUUUUUUAAAUGCCUUGACAUCACCCAUCGAGUACCAGAGGAACCACAGCGGGGGCGGCGGGGGCAGCAGCGGCGGCGGGGGCGGAGGCAGUGGGGGCCCCAGCAGCAGCAGCAGCAACCACAGCGGCGGCCCCAGCAGCUGCAGCGGGAUGCCCAGCUCGAGCAGGAGCAGACCCUCCAGGAUCCCCCAGCCCGUCCGACACCACUCCCCAGUGCUAGUCUCCUCUGCCGCCUCGAGCCAGGCGGAGGCAGACAAGAUGUCAGGUACGUCCGCUCACGGCCCCUCCCUGCCUCCUCCCAGCAGCGGCCUCGCCCCGGAGGCCCCCCCCAGCCAGCCGAGCAGGCCCCCUCCUGGCGGAGAAUGUGAGGGUCCCGAGAGAGAAGCCGAGCCGAUUCCCAAGAUGAAGGUGAUGGAGAGCCCCAGAAAGUCCACCAACGGGAACGCCAAGGAGGCGCGGGGGCCCGCGGAGGACGGCCGCCCUAGGGGCAGCCUGGGCGGCCUGCCCUUGGCAAAGCCCCGGCCUGGGGCCAUCUCUCCCCUGAACUCUCCGCUCUCCACCACGUUCCCCUCGCCCUUCGGCAAGGAGCCUUUCCCCCCCAGCAGCCCUCUGCAGAAGGGGGCCUCUUUCUGGAGCGCCAUCCCCGCCUCCCCCGCCAGCCGUCCAGGCUCCUUCACCUUUUCGGGGGACAGCGACUCCCUGCAGCGGCAGGCGCAGCGCCACGCAGCCCCCAGCAAGGACACGGACCGCAUGAGCACGUGCUCGUCAGCGAGCGAGCAGUCCGUGCAGUCCACCCAGAGCAACGGGAGUGAAAGUAGCAGCAGUAGCAAUAUCUCCACCAUGUUGGUGACACACGAUUACACGGCAGUGAAGGAGGAUGAGAUAAACGUCUAUCAAGGAGAGGUCGUUCAAAUUCUAGCCAGCAACCAACAGAACAUGUUUUUGGUGUUCCGAGCCGCUACCGACCAGUGUCCCGCCGCUGAGGGCUGGAUUCCGGCCUUCGUCCUGGGGCACACCAGUGCAGUCAUCCUGGAGAACCCCGAUGGGACUCUCAAGAAGUCAACAUCUUGGCACACAGCACUCCGUUUAAGGAAAAAAUCUGAGAAAAAAGAUAAAGACGGCAAAAGGGAAGGCAAGCUGGAGAACGGUUACCGAAAAUCGCGGGAAGGACUCAGCAACAAGGUAUCUGUGAAGCUUCUCAAUCCCAACUACAUUUAUGAUGUUCCCCCAGAAUUUGUCAUUCCAUUGAGUGAGGUCACGUGUGAGACAGGGGAGACCGUUGUUCUUAGAUGUCGCGUUUGUGGCCGCCCCAAGGCCUCCAUCACCUGGAAGGGCCCUGAACACAACACCUUGAACAAUGACGGUCACUACAGCAUCUCCUACAGUGACUUAGGAGAGGCGGCUCUGAAGAUCGUCGGCGCGACCACGGAGGACGACGGCCUCUACACGUGCAUCGCGGUGAACGACAUGGGCGCCGCCUCGUCGUCAGCCAGCCUGAGGGUUCUAGGUCCAGGGAGUGAUGGGAUCAUGGUGACCUGGAAGGACAACUUCGACUCCUUCUACAGUGAAGUGGCUGAGCUCGGCAGGGGCAGAUUCUCUGUCGUUAAGAAGUGUGAUCAGAAGGGAACCAAACGAGCAGUGGCUACCAAGUUUGUGAACAAGAAGUUGAUGAAGCGUGACCAGGUCACCCAUGAGCUCGGAAUCCUGCAGAACCUCCAGCACCCCCUUCUCAUUGGUCUCCUCGAUACCUUCGAGACCCCCACCAGUUACGUCCUGGUUCUAGAAAUGGCUGACCAAGGCCGUCUUCUGGACUGCGUGGUGCGGUGGGGAGACCUCACCGAGGGGAAGAUCAGGAUGUACCUGGGGGAGGUGCUGGAAGCAGUCCGAUACCUUCACAACUGCAGGAUCGCACACCUGGACCUAAAGCCUGAAAACAUCCUCGUGGAUCAGAGCUCAGCCAAGCCAACCAUCAAGCUGGCGGACUUUGGAGAUGCUGUCCAACUCAACACGACCUACUACAUCCACCCGCUGCUGGGGAACCCCGAGUUCUCAGCCCCCGAGAUCAUCCUGGGCAACCCCGUCUCCCUGACUGCGGACACGUGGAGUGUUGGAGUGCUCACCUAUGUGCUUCUCAGCGGCGUGUCCCCCUUCCUGGAUGACAGCGUGGAGGAGACCUGCCUGAACAUUUGCCGCCUAGACUUUAGCUUCCCAGAUGACUACUUUAAAGGGGUGAGCCAGAAGGCCAAGGACUUCGUGUGCUUCCUCCUGCAGGAGGACCCGGCCACGCGGCCCUCGGCUGCACUGUCCCUCCAGGAGCACUGGCUGCAGGCAGGCCACAGCAAGAGCGCGGCCACCCUGGACACGUCCAGACUAAGCUCCUUCAUUGAGCGGCGCAAACACCAGAACGAUGUUGGACCUAUCCGUAGCAUUAAAAACUUCCUCCAGAGCAGGCUCCUGCCUAGAGUUUGACCUGUCUUGAAGUCCUUUCUCAUUCUCUUUCACCUGCCAAUCAGCUGUUAAUUUGAAUUUCGAAGAGGAGAAAAACAACCAAACGUAAGCAAUCAGCUGCCGGUGUGUUCAUCGUGUGACGUUGCCUCCCAAGUGAGCUUGGGACUCAGAGCUAAAGCUGCGCUGGGGUGGAGGACCUUCGCUGCACUCUGCGGACGGCAGAGGGAGCACCGCUGUGUCACAGUCUUUUAUUCAGGUUUCUGCAAAAAAUACAACAGAUAACUUUUUUAAAUGAACAGGGAUAGAAUUUUGCAAAUUACACAUUUUCAAGAUUUACUCAAAAAAAAAAAAAAAAGCCUAUGUUCAACCACUGGUGUUAACGAACAAAACAAAGAUACUGUACGUCUCCGGGGCGGAUUGCCUGCACGGCGGCCCUGCCCACGGCCUCUUCUCCAGCCCAGUGUCCACCUGGCUGUGAGCUUUUCCAGCCGGCUCGUCUGCCGGCAUCUCCCCGGGACGCCCGACCGUGCGUUCAACCUCAGACUUUUGCAUAAAACUAGAACGAGUUGUUUUGCUCUGAUGAAAUGUAGGCCUUACUUGUAUAUAAUAAGACUGUCCCUGCCUUCAGUCUGUCCUUCCCCACUGCCUUCCCUCCCACACUCAUCCACUUUCUGGGGACCAGAGGGCCCUGACCAUCAAGCGAGAACAUCUGGUUGGGACCCCUGCCCCUCCCCUGCCCCUGUCCCCAAGCCGUCAAUCAGAUUGUUGAGCAGUAUACAGUCGGAUGAAAAUACUGUAAAUGCACUCAUUGGGGUUUCUUUGGUUUUUUUUUCUUUUUUGGUUUUAUUUCAUAUCAUGUGCAAUGUUGUGGCUUUAACAUUUUAUGCAACUAUUUAUGAAGACCUCUGUUGUACCUGUAAUAAAUACAUAGAAAAAGCACAUACUUCGUACGGUGAGCUUUAUGGUUCUGUGCGUGUUGGGGGUGGGCAGGGUGGGGGUUGUAGCCCAGUGCCAUCGGUUCCAGGAGAGUGAACUCUUCGUGAAAUUUGUCGGUUUUGAGGAUUGUAAAAAAAGUGAUUUCAUACUCUGACUCUAAAACUGGAUAAUAGGGUAAUGUUUUAAAAAUUUAUUAUGCUAUUAUUCAGAAUGCCAAAGUAUUUUUUUUUUUUUUUUCCCCAAAAGCAGUCUGGACAUUUACUACUUUUUAGACUUUUUGACGUUCAACUUUCUGUAGAAAAAUUGGCUGGAUUUUGAGCCAGUUAAGCCAAUUCAACACUGGCCGUCACAAGGCCGGUGUCCAAGCCUUCGUCACUGUGGCAGAACUAACGUCGGCCUGGGGAGAGGCCUGUAAACAAAGGAGGCUGGUUUCUGGACACGUCUGCAUUUUUCUGGAUGUCUUUUUACCUUUGCUGUAUGAAAUGACACUAAAGAAAGAGACCAGCCUGCUCCCCGAGCCACCCAGACAUCUGGGUCUUGAGCCAUAAACUGGCGUAGUUAAGCUUUGCAGCUUCCAAUGUGUUUUAUUUAUUCUUUCAUUGGGUUUUUGUUUGUUCGUUUCUUCUUGUAAAAUUGUACAGAAACUUUUUCAAAGACAUUGGAUUCAAAACUGGAUGUGUAUUCGUAACCUCAUAACUUCUAUUCGUGCAUUGUUUCCUUUAUUAUUUCAGUUAAAUUUUUACAUUAUUUUGCAUGUAUAUUUCUUUGUACAGAGACCUUACAUGUUUACACAGUAUGAUGUGAUGUAAAUAUUUUAUUUUGCCAUCAGUUAUUUUAAAAAAUUAAACAUAUUUGCCUGAUUUUGGUGUUAGGCCUUUUAUUUAAAUUGGUCACUGUUGAAUGGAA